UGAGGUUAAGGUCUGGAUUGCAACUGUAAAUCAUUUACAAGAAUACAAGCUUGCUGUUUGUUGUCAGGAGACGUGUGCGCUCCUCUUCACACGCUGAAGAGGAGCAUUGGGUAAUGGGAGGGGGUUAUAGCCGCUUGGCUGAGUCCAGAAAAAGAGAACAGAUCCCCCAUUUAGCGAGCUUUCCUCCCCGUGUGACCACGGGGCGCAGAACGUGACUCCAACCCCCUUCGUCAUCUCUGGAUUUUGAAACAUUUGCUCUGCAACACGUGCAUGCGGAGGAAACUAACCAAACGAGUAGUGAUCCAACAAUAAAAGGAGUCGGUUAGAAUAACAGAGGGCCACGGGCGGGGUGUGUGCAUGAAAGCGAUGGCGGAGGCUCACCAGGCGGUGGCGUUCCAGUUCACCAUCACUCCUGAAGGCAUCGACCUGCAGCUGUCCUACCAGGCCCUGAACCAGAUCUACCUGUCCGGCGUGCGUUCCUGGAAGAAACGUGUCAGCCGCAUGAGGAACAGAGUCAUUAAAGGAGUGUACCCCGCCAGCCCCUCCUCCUGGCUCUUUGUUGCCAUAGGAAUCCUGGCUACCAUUUACAUGCAGUCGGAUCCCAGCAUGGGGCUCAUCGCUGAAAUACAGCAGCGUCUUCCACUGAGUCUCCACGUGUCCCUGAGCGCCCAGGGUCAAACCAUGGUGUCGGCGCUGGUCUUCAGCACCCUGCUGUGGCUCUCCCUCAUCCUGGCCCUGAGGUUCUGCCUGAAGCUGCUGCUCUCUUACCAUCAGUGGAUGUUCGAACAGCACGGCAGAGUGUCCAACACCACUAAAGUCUGGGUGACUCUGCUGCGGCUGCUCUCUGGAAGGAAGCCUCUGCUGUACAGCUACCAGACCUCUCUGCCUCACCUCCCAGUUCCUGCAGUCAGAGACACGCUGACCAGGUACUUGGAGUCAGUGCGCCCCCUGCUGACUGACCCUGAGUAUAAGCGGAUGACGGACUUGGCCAAUGAGUUUGAGUCCAGCCUCGGCAACCGUCUCCAGCGCUACCUGAAACUAAAAGCUCUGUGGGCCACCAACUAUGUCAGUGACUGGUGGGAGGAAUACAUCUACCUCAGGGGCCGGGGCCCAAUAAUGGUCAACAGUAACUACUAUGGGAUGGACUUCCUGUACGUGACUCCGACCUCAGUGCAGGCGGCCAGGGCGGGCAACACCAUCACCGCUCUGCUGCUCUACCGCAGGAUGGUGAACAGGGAGGAGCUCACGCCGAGUCGCGUCCCGGGCACCGUCAUCCCUCUGUGUGCAGCUCAGUGCGAGAGGAUGUUCAACACCACGCGCACCCCCGGAGUGGAGACCGACGUGCUGCAGCACUGGCAGGACAGCGAGUUCGUGGCCGUGUACAGCAGAGGGCGCUAUUACCGCUUGUGGGUGUACAGAGCCGGCCGGCUGCUGUCUGCCAGAGAAAUCGAACACCAGAUCCAGUGGAUCCUGGAUGACCCUUCCCCCCCGCUCCCUGGAGAGGAGAAACUGGGAGCCCUCACUGCUGGAGACAGGGUUCCUUGGGCUCAGAUUAGGAAAGAGCACUUCAGCUCUGGGGUCAACAAAAGGUCUCUGGACAUCAUUGAGAAGGCCGCCUUCUUUGUGACUUUGGACGAUGAGGCUCAGGGCAUGAAGGGUGAUGACCCAACAGGAAACCUGGACCGCUACGCCAAGUCUCUGCUGCACGGAAAAUGCUACGACCGGUGGUUUGAUAAAUCCUUUUCCAUCGUGAUCUACAAGAACGGGAAGAGCGGCCUGAACGCUGAGCACUCGUGGGCGGACGCUCCGACCGUGGCUCAUCUCUGGGAGUACACUCUGGCCACCGACGCCUUCCAGCUGGGCUACACGGAGGACGGACACUGCAAAGGAGAGGUGGACCGCUCGCUGCCGCCCCCCCACAGGCUGAGCUGGGAGAUUCCAUCAGAGGUCCAGGAUCAGAUCUUCAGCUCCCUGACUUUAGCAAAAGCUCUUGCAGACGACGUCGACUGCCAUGUGUUCCCCUUCAGAGACUUUGGAAAAGGAAAGAUCAAGAAACUCCGAGUCAGCCCCGACGCCUUCAUACAGAUCAGCUUACAGCUGGCGUACUUCAGGGACCGCGGCAGUUUCUGCCUGACCUACGAAGCGUCCAUGACCCGUCUGUUCAGGGAGGGCCGCACGGAGACGGUCCGGUCCUGCUCCAACCAGAGCUGUGCCUUUGUCAAAGCCCUGGAGGGCGGAGAGGGAGCGGACCAGUGCAAACGUCUCUUCCGCCAGGCUUCUGAGAAGCACCAGAACCUUUAUCGCAUGGCCAUGACCGGAGCCGGGAUAGACCGACACCUCUUCUGCCUGUACGUCGUCUCCAAGUACCUGGGCGUGGAUUCGCCUUUCCUCAAAGAGGUUCUGUCUGAGCCUUGGCGCCUCUCCACCAGCCAGACUCCGGUGCAGCAGAUGGAGCUGUUCGACCUGAAGAACCACCCAGACUUCGUAUCACUCGGUGGAGGGUUCGGACCCGUCGCAGACGAUGGUUAUGGCGUUUCAUACAUCAUCGUUGGUGAAGAUAUGAUCAACUUCCACGUGUCCUCUAAACACUCCUGUGGGGAAACGGACUCUCACAGGUUUGGAGCUCAGAUCGCCAAAGCCCUUCAGGACAUCAUGGCCGUCCUCUCCGCCGACACGGCGUCCUCCUCCAAAGGGCCGGCUCAGCCGCAGUCCAAGAAGCUCCUCUAAACGGGCCGAGCCCCGCAUCCCAGAACCCCACCGCCCCAAUGUGACCCUCCAUCAGUCCGUAACUAAUGAGAAUUUCACACAAGCCAGUAUCCUCGCAUUACCCAGACUUCGGCUGGAUUCUCCCUAACCGCUCAACCACCUGAUGGCCUCAGUUUUUACAGACUUCUGCUGGGAAACAUUCUUGAAAUCUGAACAGGGAAAUCUAUGUGUUGUUUGGAGAUGAUGAUGGUGAGAGCAGAUGUAGUUAGAACAAAAGUUCCUUCUGUCAGCUCCAUCUAUUACCGCGUUUCCACGGAAACUGGGCAGAAGAGACGGCAGGGAGAUUUCCAGAGGAGCUGUGUGAGAAUACAGAGUGGUACUGUUGAGCAUCACACGCCCUGACCACAUCUCCUUAGUUUCUUAACUUCUGAUUGAGCCGUACGUCUUUAUCUGCGGCGUAAAGCUCCUUUUGGAUGAUGCUGGUUCAGGAACUCGGUGGAAUUUCCCGCUGGACGCUGUCCUUUGACAUUUAGGUAGACCUCAUCCACUAAAAAACGACAUUGAAAGCACAAAAGUAUUCAAUCUAAAGAUGUGAUAGGGAGCAAAGAACAAAAAAUUCUUGAGUUUAAGGUGAGGAUUAAACACGUUUGCAAAGAAGUUAGGGGAAAAAGGGCAACACAAGAUUUUAUUUUGUUUUGUUUUGUAAUAAAAUAUGUAUUUUUUUGUUUUUAAGAUGUGUGUAUAUAACAAAAAGUACUGUGGAAAAUGCUGGGUUGAUCAUAUGUCACAUGAAAGCAGUUGAUCGAGUCAUAAUUAGGUUCUUUUUAUGUUUUUUAAUCUUUUAUUUUUGAGUUGUGCAAGUUCUCCCUCACUAAUCCCUGAUCAGGACUUUAGUCUUCAAAGCCUCUGAACUUCACCGUUUCUGUAGAUUCUGAGCCCCGUUUAGUCUCCAUGAUCGUUGUUUGAUCGGCAUUAUGCGGGCAAGAAAGCUGCCUCCAGAGCUGCAUCAGCUGCUCCGUGUUCCAGAGAUGAGCUGAAAGACUUCUUUAAAACGACAUUUCCUCUUGGUGUCCCAACGUUUGAUGACCUGCUGCUGAGCAGAAGUGAAGCUUUCUCGCCGCCAGUCCGUCUCUGCUGAGUCAGCAGUGGUGCCUUCUCCCUGCUGUUUCCUGUUCACCGGUGAAGCAGAUCCCGACCUGCAGGUUCCCCGCUGGCUCGCUGCAGCUUCGCAGCUGCACACAAUCCCCUCAGUGACGCAUGAGGAGGAUCAUGCUGGCAAAGAAAAGAUGGAAUGAAUUCAGGCUCUGGUGCAGCACUAACCCCUGCCGGCUUCUAGAGGCGUCUUCUGGGGUUUUCCAGAUGAACAAACGGCUUUCAAAAACCAGAUUCCAGAUCAGUUACAUCAUUUUUCAAUGCAAAGUGAACAUCGGCCUUUAAAAGUGUGAUGCAGUAUGAGGACCUGCCAAGACCCAAACACAGCCUGCAGAACUCUAUCUCUGUAGAAGUUUCCAGAGCUGACAGGAAGUUUGGGGAAAAUCCUCCGUUUCCUGUAGCUGAGAUCAGAGAUGCAGCAGCUACUGUGGAGGCGGUCUGGUCUCCUCAUCCACCUCCUCAGAUCAGUCUGAUCCUGGUCUGGGAUUCCAGCUGCUCCCUUUGAGCAUGUUCAGCCCGUGUCCUUGUUGUAACGUGUGUGUUUUUGUGUGUCAGCACAUGUGCUCAGGGUGUCUUUUGACAGUUACGGCCAUGAGAUGCGCUUCAGCCAAAUCCGAAAAGAGUGUUUCUGAGUUCCUCCUCCUGUGAGGGGAUGAAGACGAUGCACAGUCUGGAUUUGUGCAUCGAGGGCCAAACACUAAAUGCAGUUAUGUGCCUCAGCCUGCCUCCUCUGUGACGCACACUUACUGUGACGGGGGAAGCAACAACUGUAGAUUGUAGCAACACAAUGUCUCUUUUCACAGAACAAACCACAACUCAGACCUUUAUAUUUGUGAGAUAUUUUUUUACAUGUGAGACUGAGAAAAGCGCAGAUGUUUCCUGAUGAUCUGUUUUUGAUUUUUAAAGCCUAUUUAAAUGUGGAAAUAUGUUGGUGUGUUUUGGCAAAUAAAUAUUUUUGUGGUUAA